GCGGGGCUUGGCUGACGGACGGCAGGGGUCUGCAGUUGGUGGAGUCGCCGGUGACGGGGUUGCAGCUCGCUGCAGAAAACCUGCAGUUGCAGGUCGGGUUGCUGCCCAAAACUUGCAAACCCGACCUCGAACGCUGCCCAGAACCGUCCGGGAUGCCUCCAGCCUCUCUCCCGCAAGCCCCACGCCGCCGUCGCCGCCUGGAACGCCUCAGCUGCGUCGACGUCCGCACUUUAGCGAAGUGCGGACGUCCUCUUCAGAACCGGACUCUAUAUAUAUAUAUAACAUAUUCAAAAUUUUAAAAUAUAUUUUGGGGCUAUAAUUUAGCCUUAACGGGUUAGAGACGGUUGAUGUCACAUCAAUAAAUAGUAAAGAAAUCAUGGCUAAAAUUUAGCUCCAGGGCUGUUAUUAGCCCUUUGGGUUGGAGAAGGCCUUAGGAUCACUUUCACUAUAAACGGUAGGAGAAGGUGACUUUUAUACCUAGGAAUGAUUAGUCUACCCACCAAAGCUGACUUUUCAAAAAGACUACAACUGACUAUAACUGACUUUUCAAAAAGACUACAACUGACUUUUCAAAUCGUAAUCAUCUUAUCUUUGUAUUAAUAAAUGGAAAACGGUGAGGAAUAAAUGAAGGAUUUGGGUUCCUCCAAGGCUCCAAGUAUAUAAGCAAAGACCAGAGCACAUGCAGGCUUAGGAAAGACUGGUGAAAAUGGAGAAUAUAAGAGUGAAGCAUUUUGUGCCUUUUCUUUUGCUUCUUUGCUUGGCAAGAAUCUGUACUAAUAUUGUUGAAGCUGACCAAAUCUCAUCUGGGAUGAAGCAUUUUGUGCUGGUUCAUGGAGCUGGUGGCGGAGCUUGGUGUUGGUAUAAGCUGGCAACUCUAUUGAACUCUACAGAUCACAAUGUUACAACUAUAGACCUUGCAGCAUCCGGUAUCAACCCGAUCCAGGUACAGCAAGUUCAUUCGUUCUCAGACUACGUUGAGCCAUUGAUCAAAUUUCUGGGGUCUCUGUUACCAAAAGAGAGGGUUAUCCUGGUUGGCCACAGCAUGGGUGGGGCGGUGAUAUCAAUUGCCAUGGAGAGGUUCCCUGAGAAAAUUGCUGCAGCUGUUUAUGCCACUGCUUUUAUGCCUGGUCCUGCUCUGAGUUACUUGACUAUUUUUGAGAAGAUUCAGGAAAGAUCGGUGUUGACUGACACUCAGUAUAGAUAUGAUCAGGGGGCCAACAAUCCUCCAACCUCGCUACUCUUUGGACCAAAACAAUUGUCUUCCAGAGUGUACCAGCUAUCGCCACCAGAGGAUCUAGAACUAGCAUUGUCAUUGGAGAGAUUUUCCCCUCUAUUUUUUGAAGAAAUAAAACUCACUGAGGCGAAGUACGGAUUGGUUCCAAGAGUUUUCAUCGUGUGUGACCAAGACCUUUCAAUAGAGGAGGAUCUGCAAACGUGGAUGAUCAGGAAAAAUCCCCCAAAUGAAGUGAAGGUGAUAAAUGGUUCCGAUCACAUGGUCAUGUUCUCUAGACCAUUGGAGCUAUUCUCCAAGCUCCUGAACGUUGCUGAGAAAUAUUCUUAAAGAUCUUGAUUACCUACUAGUUAUAAAUUACUAGUUAGAAGCUUAGAAAUUCAUCGUUGUAUGAAUAAUUGAACUAGAUUAGCUACCUUAGAAAUUCAUCGUUGUAUGAAUAAUUGAACUAGAUUAGCUACCCUCUUUGGUGACUGUCUAUAUACGUAUGUACGAAUAACUUCUCAGAAAAUAAAUCACAUAUUUGAUGUAAA